AUGACUACUUCCCACUCUCAAGACUCUCAAGACUGGAUAGGAUCAUUUGGAAGCGAGAGCCAUCAGGCUCGUUCUCAGUGGGCUUUUUCUACAGGAGCUUUCUACCAUGUCAACGCUCUCCCCCCCAGGGAUAUUCCCGUCUCAUGGACGCAUAUUUGGCGGGUUGAUUUUUUAUUCAAUUCAUCAAAACUAGUGCAUUCUCUUCGGAAGCUGUGGACAUCAUAUUCAACAGUUGAUCGGCAUCAGACAAUAUUCGCGAGUGCAUCUAUUCCCCAGCACAAGCAUUUCUUACAUGACUGUAUUCAGCAAAAAUGGACCAAGGUUUCAGCAUAAUGCCUACAUUUGCACGUAGUGGAGCCCAUGCCUUCACAGCUUUGCCAUAUAUUUGUGACUUGUAAAAAGGAAGGAAGACUUCAGACUUUACUCUCCUUACUUCAGCAGGAUAUCCCGAAAACUGGAAUCAUUGUUGUCAAUGAACAUUUUCAGAAAUCAAUAAAGACCGGAAAUCCACCGACAGCCACGUGGAUCAUGGAGUUUCUGAGAUCUUCAUCAACGAAUUCUCAAAUCGUUCUCCUUAAGGAGGGCAUGAACAUCAAUGCACGCACUGUCACACCAUCUGAAGCAAGACAAGGACGUUGUCUACUGGUUGCUACAGCUAGCAGAGGUGUAGAUCUCCCAGAGACUACCCACAUUUACAAUUUUGAUCUUCCAAGAACGGCAGUCGAGUAUCUCCAUAGGGCUGGCAGGACAGCUCGCCACCCUUUAUCAGAUGAGAUGUGCACUGUCACUAACGUAAUAGCACCAGAGGAGAGAUUUGUGUUGCAAAGAUAUGAAAAUGAGUUGAUGUUCGAGUGUAAAGAGUUCGUAGUCGAUGGAGCACAAGAAUGA